UGUACACAUUCCUAGUCAUGGACCACUUCUGUGAACAUCGAAAAGGAGAAAAACACUUUAAUUCCUGUGUCGAAUUGUUAUCAAUGGUAUUUUCCAUGUGAAUUUCAAGCUUAUAAGUUUUGGCUAGUGCACUAAACUUGCAUAAUAUGGUGCCCUCACGCUGGAGAGGGUUAUAUGCAUGUAACAAAUUAUUAUUGCUUGCAGAGAGAUAUUGUGGCCACUUGUAUCUUUUUACUUGGUCAUAAUGAAGGAACUAUUAUUGCAUUUCCUUUGUUGCUUCAUGUGUAUUUGAUUAUAGAGGCGAAAAGGAAACCUAGCUAUUCUUUUUGUUCUUAAGUAAGUAUAAGAGCAACACUUAGGAAGGAUGAGAGAAGAAGUUGCUCCAGCGGUGCAAGUUUUUGGCCUUAUCUUGCAGGUGACGACGACGUCGAGUUGACGGCAGAGAAAGACUAGGCAUAUUGAUUUGAAAGUGGCAAAGAGGGUAGCUUGCUUCUAGGCAGAAGCCUUGCGUCUCACACUUUGAUGUUCCGAAGGAAAGAUUUGAGAUACCAUAGCCUUGCUUCUUUUUCGGCCAAAUCCUGAUUUCAUUUUGCUUCUCCCGAUCGUUGAUCCUGAUCGACUCGACAUGAAGUUGGAAUCGCUAGUAAUCGCGGAUCAGCAUGCCGCGGUGACUAUGUACUCGGGCCCUGUACACACCGCCCGUCACACCCUGGGAAUUGGUUUCGCCCAAAGCAUCGGACCAAUGAUCACUCAUGACUUCUGUGGCACACUUGUACAAGUUUUCGAAUGAGGUUUUUGAACAAAACUUCGAUAGUCGAGAGGUGUAAGCACCGCGAGGUGUGAGGUCGGCCUGACCUAUUAAGUAAGUUAGUUAGAGAUCGAAACUGGACGUGAAAGAGACUAGACUUCUAGUAAGAGUAGGUGGCCGGUGGGAGCGAGAAGUUUGGGACAUGUUUGGUGUUUCUUCCAUCAAUUUCACCAGGUUUUCCAAGCUUGGAGAGAGACAAAGGGAAAUGCAUGAAGUCAAGGAGCAAUAAGUUACUCCAUGUUAGGGAGUUGUGCGGUAAAGUCAUUGUAUCCAGAAAAGGGAAACUAAAUUUUCAAAUGGAAUUCCUGAAGAAACAAGCAUCAUACCCUCUGAUUGUUUGGGAUUGGUGUUGAAUGAAAGGGUUAGACAAGAGUAAGUUUACCAGCAGAAUUUCCAUCUCUAGGAUGAAAAUAUUUCUUUCACUGGUUUUGUUUUAAUGUGUAGGAUCUGUUUCCAUUCUAUUGACCAACUGUCACCAAAGAUUUGGAAGUAUGAUGGCACACAAAGAAUUGUUAACACUGCUUUGGAGCACUUGACUAUUGAUCAAAACACGCCGGAGGGCCCGGUGGAGACUGAUAUUCUGUUGACAGGUGGCAUGAAUGGCUCAUUAUGUAUAUUUGAGGUUGGAAAGGUUGGACAACAAUUUAAUCAAGGGGUAAAAUGCUUACCAGUUCGUGUUUGGCCUCUCAAAGACAGAUACGGGGAAGGGUAUUAUGACUCACCAGGACAUGUCUGGAGACCUCCAGGAGCUUUUGUACAAAUGCCAUCGAAUAUAUCUUGUAUAAAGAUGUCCCAAAAGCACCCUGCACCUGUCAGUGAUGCUUCUUUAAAGCAUAUUCUGAUAACUACUCUGGGAGCUGAAUCAUCUGGUGGAACAGUCAACAUUCUGAACCUCAGUGAACCACUAGAUCUUAAUUCAAGUAUACCUACUGAUAGAACAAGAAUUUCUGAGAUUGCUUCAUUUGAGUGUACAGUUUGGACAGCAGAUCGUAGUCAUGAUCAGAAACAAGCAGUAGUAGGAACCAAUAGAGGAGCUGCAAUGUUGGACAUAGAAACAGGAGUGAAAUCCUGGGUUUGUCGGUCUAAAAGCGACGUGUUCUCCAUACAAUUUGAUAAUUCAGAAAAUACUGUUUUAUGUGGGCUAAGAAAUGGAACAAUUUUAUCCAUCGACACCCGUCUAAAACCAGGAGAAUUUUCUGGUAGGCUUCCUCAGAAUAGAAUUCCGUGCCAUUCUAGUGGGUCUUCUAGUAGGUUUAAAAGCGCUGCUAGAGAUUCCUUCCAGCUCAAAGGGAGGAUGUAUCACUGCAACACAAUCUCUAUGCCUUCAUCUGUAUGUUGUUUGGCACCUUUGAGACUUUAUGAGCAAUGUUUCCUGGCAAGCUCUAUGGAUGGAUCGAUAAAGCUUUAUGAUCGUCGUCUAAUGAGGGGUGCAAUUCAAUCAUAUCUGGGAAAUAAAAAUUCUCAUAGUCGGAUACAGCUUGGAGUUGACUCAUCAGAGACGAUGGUCAUGUCAGGUGGAGAGGACUAUCAUUUGCGGCUAUGGAGUAUCAAAUCUGGCGAACUGCUAUUCGAUGAUAAAUUCAUGGAUUCGAUCCCCUCAGUUGUACGCUGGCCAAAAACUGAAGGUCUCCUAGGAAUGGGAAAACAGAUACAAGGUGCAUGGCUUGGAUCUGAAGAAGGGUUGUUUUUCAUGGACUGGCCUUGAGGAAAUGUCUUCUUGGUGGUCUCUUACUUGGAAUAUUCAGAACUUUGCACAUAUUAUUGUCAGCUGGUUUUGAUUAGGGAUGGCAAUGAGGCGGUGCAGACGUGCAGUUUUGAUGUUAUACAGCGCAGGGCGGGUUGUCUUCUUUUAUUUAUUAUAUACAAUUUCCCUGUCACAUUUAUUCGUUAUUUUAAUGUAAUGCUUCCCCGUUAAUAAUUAAUUAAUUAGUGCUCUUGUGGUUUUUUUUCUGUAAAAGCUUUAAUUUUCUUUA